AUGGAGACUAUAUUUGGUCUGAGGAAACCCACCUUCUUUCAAGAAUCACCUAGCGAAUACUUAGAUAAUACUCUUAAUCAAUCACAAAGAGAUGCGGUCAAUUUGGCACUCAAAGCUGACCAUUUGGCCCUAAUUCACGGCCCACCAGGUACCGGGAAGUCUUAUACCCUUAUCGAGAUCAUCAGACAACUUAUCAACCAAGAUAAGCGGAUCCUCGUCUGUGGUUCAUCCAAUCUGGCGGUCGAUAACAUCCUAGAGAGGUUAUCUGUUUAUAAUAUCCCAGUCACUAGAUUAGGACAUCCAGCGCGUAUACUAAACAACCUACAAACUCAGACACUCGAGUAUCAGACUUCACAUUCACACCAGAAUGAGAUUGUCAAAGAUGUCAAAAAAGAGUUAGAAGACCUAAUGAAAGAUUUGAAAGACGGUAGGAUCAAGGGGAAGCUAAAAAGAAAGAAUGCCUGGAAUGAGGUCAAAGAAUUACGAAAGGAACACCGAAAGCGCUCAAUAGGGGUUCUCAAUAGUCUUAUGACACGGGCGAAGGUUGUCUUGUGUACUCUGCAUGGUGCCGGUGGUAGACAACUUCAGCAUCAAAAAGAAUUUGAUGUUUGCGUUAUAGAUGAGUCCACUCAGGCUUUGGAACCAAGUUGUCUCAUACCUGUCCUUAAAGCAAAGAAAUUGAUCCUGGCUGGUGAUCCUUUGCAGCUUCCCCCAACUGUUUUAGCUCGUCCCGGUCAGAAGAAGAAAGAAAGGAUGAAGAUCAUUCCAAAAGAGCCUAAAACGAAGAAAGAGAAGGAAAUAUCUGAUAAGCUUGCUGAGGUUAACAUAAGUGAACAUGGAAAUGCCGCCAGUAAGAUAUCCAGAGUGGCACCUACACAACCAACAUUGAAGCCGUUAAAAUCCCUCGAGGAGUCCCUUUUCGAGAGAUUGAUUGGAAUACACGGGAACUCUAUCAAGUGCCUACUUAGCGUACAGUAUAGAAUGCACGAUAUGAUCAUGAAAUACCCCUCAGAAGCAAUGUACAACAGUAAAUUAACGGCAUACGAAGCAGUCUCUAAGCGCACACUAAUGGAACUCCCUAAUGUUGUCGACAAUGAUACAGAAAAAGACGAAGUAGAGCUGAGCUCACCGUUGGUCUUUAUAGACACAGAUGGAUAUGACUUCUUCGAGAGAAUUGACUCCGAAGAGAUGAAAAAGGGCGCAGUAGAGGAAGGAAGUAAAUACAAUGAGAAUGAAGUUGAGAUCAUUAAGCGGAAGGUUCAAGAUUUGGUGCAUGCUGGUGUUCGCGAUUCUCAAAUUGCUAUUAUCACACCAUAUCAAGCUCAAGUUGGGCAUCUUAAUAAUGCUGUAAAACCCCAAUUUCCUGGAUGUGAAAUUGGUAGUGUUGAUGGUGUACAAGGGCGUGAACAAGAGGUUGUCAUUAUGUCACUCGUUAGAUCCAAUGAAACUGGCGAAGUCGGUUUCUUGAAGGAGGAACGUAGAUUGAAUGUCGCAAUGACUCGUGCGAAAAGACAGCUGAUUAUCGUUGGUAACAGUGCAACUAUCAAGCGUGGCAGUAACUAUCUCAAGAAAUGGAUGGAUUUCCUAGAAAGCAAUGCAGAUAUACAAGUACCAGAGUAG